CCUUCCGUCAUCAUCCGCAGCAUUUCGCAGUGGCAAUGCAGCCUAGCAACACCACCACCAACGACGACACGUCGAUCGAGAGCCUCUCGGACUUUCUCGCGACGACGGUCGACUUUGGCCUCGCGACGUCGACCGCAUCAACGUCACGGAAGCGCCGCGCGUCACCCAAGGAGGAGCUGACCUACUUGCGCGCCAAACACGAGGACCUCGUUGCGCAGUACAGUGCGCUCCAGAGCGCGCAGCCGUGGGAAGAGACAUCGUGGAAGGCCAAGGCCCUGGCGCAAGCCCAGGAUGCCCAGAAGGCGCGGCACGAAAACGAGUCACUCAAAGCCACGCUCCACGAGUCGCUCAAGCUCCUCCACGCGCUCCAGCACGUGCUGCACAAGCGCCCCAAGCUCGCGCACUUUCAUAUCCGAGCGACCGAGGACGAGAACGACCUGUGGCGACGUGCAAUCCUGCGCACAACGCAGCGGCACUUGGACCUCGAGCGACUCAUGGCGCUGCAGUACGAUAAGCUCGAGACCGAGUGGAUUCUUGUUUAA